AGCUGAAGCGUGGUUGGUUUAUAAUGACUGUGCUUCGUUUUUGAAUACUUAUGAAUGUCUCAGAUUUAAUCAUAAGAAUGGUUAAUGACUGACUGAAGCUGAUGGUCUGUAAAUGCUGCUAUGAAAAAGUGUUGUCUUAGGUUUGUAUUGGUGCUGGAUCCUUGCAAGGAGAUUGCAGUGGUUCUUCUGAAACCCUCUGUUUUCUCCUGCUUUUGGGUACUAAAAUACCUCAGACAACAUCAAGCAUUUCGUACUGAACUCUUGCUAGCCCUGCAGCUUUAAAUGUACAGUGUUGAUUCAGUACCAUGUUUGUCAGAGUUUGUUUUGUGAUUAGAAUACCUGCUUGGAAGUUGAGUGCUGUUAUCUGGAAUAAUUCAGCAAAGCUACUGUGUCAGUGGAUACUGGGUACUCCCGGUGCAGACUGUUAGCACCACAUCUCUCCCAGUGCUUGCAUUCCAUGUUUGUGAAGGAUCCUGACAAGAAAGCCAUAAUCAGCAGACCACGUCAUUUAGACAUCCUGUGACAGGACAGGUUUCUCCAGAAAAUAUUGAAUUUAUUUUGCAAGAAGAACAGAAUUCACCUAUGUCCAAGCAACAAAUAAACCAAAGGCCUUCAAGCAUGGUCAGUGAGUCAUCCACUGCAGUAACUGUGUCUGCUGUUGAUACAAAGCCGGGUUCUAAGGUAAUGAAGGGUGGAAACAAAGUUCAUAGCUUUGGAAAGAGGGAACAAGCUAUCAGGAGGAAUCCCAAUGUUCCUGUGAUAGUAAGAGGCUGGUUACACAAACAGGACAGUUCUGGUAUGCGAUUAUGGAAAAGAAGAUGGUUUGUGCUUGCUGAUUAUUGUUUGUUUUACUAUAAAGAUAGCAGAGAAGAAUCUGUGUUGGGUAGCAUACCACUGCCCAGCUAUGUAAUAUCUCCUGUUGGACCUGAAGAUCGUAUAAAUCGCAAAUUUUCUUUUAAGGCUGUCCAUACAGGGAUGCGGGCUUAUAUUUAUAAUAAGAAUUCUGUUAUUGGCUCUCAGGCAGAGCAUUCAGGGAUGCGGACGUACUACUUCAGUGCAGAUACCCAGGAGGAUAUGAACAGCUGGAUCCGGGCUAUGAACCAAGCUGCCCUUAUGCAAACACGCUCUUCACUGAGGAGAGAAACUGAAAAAGUGGAUCAGCGAGCUGUUCCCCAAGUCAAUCAUGUGGAUGCCUGUAAAGUGUGUGUGAAGGCUGAUGUUACAGACACAAAAGAGAGUUAUCAAAAAUCUGCUGAAAUGCUCGGGUAUGAGAAGCAUGAAGAGUUAAGAAGAGAAAAAGAGGAGGAGGAGCGUUAUAUCCACAGAAAAGAAGCUCUAGAAACUAAGAAAGGAAAGGCUAAGCAUGUGUUAACAGAAGCUGAUUCAUUAUUUCCAGAUUUAACGAAUGCACCACGGUCCCAAGUAGCUCAGUCUCUGCCCAUGGAAAAGAAUGGAACGCUUCCUAGUUCAUUAAGUAUGAGUGCUGGCCUAGUGGAGCAGAAUGGUACCAGCUCAUAUAAAAGAGGGUUUGUUCCCAGAACGAAUCCUGAUAAACAGAUUCAAAGAAAAAGUAAUAUGGCUCAAGUGGAGCACUGGGUAAAAGUCCAAAAAGGAGAUACAAAAAGCCUUGCUUCUGAUCUGACUCUCACACGUCAGGGUCCCCAUCCACCUUUUUCUGAAAACUAUCACACUUUGCCAAAGAAUACCAGGCAGCCUUCAGGGAGCUCACCACCGACACUAAGUCGCAAUUUGCCGAGUGACUACAAGUAUGCACAAGAUCGUGUUAGCCACUUGAAGAUGUCCCAGGAGGAAAGGAAAGCAAAUAAGGAUGGAACUGUUUGGCAGCUUUACGAGUGGCAGCAGAGACAGCAAUUUAAGCAUGGCAGCCCCACUGCCCCGCUUUAUGUAGGCUCUUCGGAUUUUAUUGAUCGGGGUAAGUCAAAAAGUUCAUUGGAUGUUCCACGAUCGAUAUCUGUUCCACCUUCUCCAUCUGAUAUUCCUCCACCUGGACCUCCAAAAAGCUUUCUCCCGAGGAGACCACACACUCCUGCAGAAAGGCUUACAGUUAAACCAUCUGAUGAGAGGCAGACUGCAGACAGUCCUUUUGCUGGAUCACCCAGGAAGACUCAAAGUAAUGCUCUCAAGAGCUCGACUCACAUUGAUCGACGCUCGAUGCCAGCUAUGGGCUACAUGACCCAUACCGUGAGCGCACCAAGUUUGCAUGGCAAGUCGCCUGAAGAGCUAACAUUGCUUCUCAUUCGAUUAAGGAGACAUCAGGCUAAGUUGGCUAGUAUACGAAAUUACACAAUCGCACAAUUACUGCAGCACUUGCCAACUAAUUCCACCUAUCAGGCUGAUGACACUUAUAUCCAGUUGAAAAAGGAUUUGGAGUAUUUAGAUCUGAAGAUAGAAAAUAAUGGACCUCUGAUCAACAUGAUUUACAAAGUGCUGAAGAACUCAGCACAGGGGUUACUUUCCAGUAUACAUGUGUCGGGGCGUGAUACGCUAAAAGAGCGAAGUACAAAACCUGUCAAGGUUGCAGAAAGUGAUAUCGAUGUCAAGCUGAGCGUUUUCUGCGAGCAGGACAGAAUUCUGCAGGACUUGGAGGACAAAAUAAGAGCUCUUAAGGAAAAUAAAGAUCAGCUGGAGUCUGUUUUGGAGGUGUUACACAGGCAGAUGGAACAGUACAAAGACCAGCCACAGCAUGCAGAAAAAAUUUCAUACCAGCAAAGACUUUUGCAAGAAGAUCUUAUACAUAUUCGGGCAGAAAUUUCUAAAGUUUCAACGGAAAUGGAAAAUGCCUGGAAAGAAUAUCUGAAACUGGAAAAUGACGUGAGCCAGCUGAAAAAAGCCUUACAGGAGCAGAUGAAUAGUUCAUUGAUAUCUCAGGAGAAAACACAAAUACAGAAGGACUUGUGGAGAAUUGAAGAUGUUACGGCUGGCUUGAGUGCAAAUAAAGCAAAUUACAAAACCAUAGUAGACUCCAUCAAGAAUCCAGAAAGAAAAAUAGUGCCUUCAUUUUCUCAGUCUACAGUGCCUUCCUUACCAGCUUCUCUCACAACCGUGGAGAGCAAACCUUCAGUUCCACAAAGCCCUCCGUCCAGCCAGGUCAAACCUUCCCUAGAGGUGAGGCUGUACCCACAGCCUUAUUUCCAGGCCAGAACACAGCAACAAGUACCACAGCUGAAAAAAAUUGAGCCGCCUCUUCAGUCGCCAGUUAGGCUAAUGCCAAAGGUUGAAGAUGAAGCACCACCCAGACCUCCUCUCCCUCAGUUAUACAGUCCUGAAGAUCAACCACCAGCUGUUCCACCACUCCCAAGAGAAGCCACCGUCAUCAGACAUACGUCAGUGCGAGGCCUGAAACGUCAGUCAGAUGAAAGAAAGAGAGACAGAGAACUGGGACAGUAUGUAAACGGAGAUUAUAGGGUAGAACUGCGUUCAUAUGUGAGUGAACCAGAACUAGCAAUGAUAGGUGGUGACCUCAACCAACCUUCCAGUGGUUUUGUAACCAUUGAUAGCGGAUACCAGACAUUGCCUACUCGUGGCUUAUCUGGAUCAACUUCCAGAUUGCACCAGUCAUCUACCAUUUCAUCAUAUGCAACUCUUCGAAGGGAUAGGUCCAAGGAGAGACCAAAGAGUGCCUUGGAACGUUUAUACUCUGGAGACCACCAAAGAGGCAAGAUGAGUGCAGAGGAACAACUAGAAAGAAUGAAACGGCAUCAGAAGGCAUUAGUUCGUGAACGCAAGAGAACCCUUAGCCAAGGAGAAAGGCAGUCUGUUUCAUCUCGGUCUUUCAUCAGGCCCAUUUCUGCAGACAUAGGCUCAUGGAAACGAGAGCAAGAAUUUGAUUUGCAGCUACUUGAGAGGGCAAUUCGUGGAGAAGACAAGGAUGAAAAUGAAUGGUUAAAAGUUCAGCCGGUAGCAGUAGCGGUGACAGAGACAGACCUGGAGCCCCAAGACUAUGAUUUAGACAUCAGCAGAGAGUUGUCAAAACCUGAGAAGGUUGCGAUUCCAGAACGUUAUGUUGAAUUGGAGCCAGAAGAACCUCUUUCUACAGAAGAACUGGCAGCAAGGCAGCGUAAAGCAGAGAAGAUAAAGAAUAUUCUUACUAAAUCAAGUAUGCACAAUCUACAGCCUACUAUUGCCCAGGACAAGCACAACUCAGUUGAUUUAGAUUCACAGCUCCAAGAGCAGGAACGCAUCAUUACCAUAUCAUACGCUUUGGCUUCUGAAGCCUCUCAGAGGAGCAAGGAGGUAGCAGCUCAGCAGUUGACCUAUCCACCUAAAGCACCCUCACCUUCUGUACCACAGCCACCUCACUCUGCCCUAAACAAUGGAUUUCACUACACAUUUGUUUAAACACCUUAAAACCAAAGCAGUAAGUGAGCACUGACGUAAGACUCGAAGCAAAUCCCACCCAGUGGCGCCGUGUAGAAGAGGAGAUUGAUUAUGAGCACUCCGUGAAGGCAUUCAGUGGCUGAUCACAGGUUCUUUGGGAAAUAUGUUCAGCUUUCAUGGGGGAUUUUCUAUGAAAAUGGAGAGAAUUGUGUAACAUCUUACUUUGAAUUCAGUUUAGUUCAGACUUUUUAUAUGAAUGAAUGGCACUUUUAAUAAACUCUGUAAAAUACUGACAGUGUAUUUUUAGAACAGAAUGUAUUUUGGAAUUUGUUUAAAUCAAGGGCUGAAUUCAUUUGAAGAGGAACUACUUGCCUAGUUGUUAUGAGACACUGUUACUUCCCCCUCAGGCUCAGAAGCACAAUGUAAAGUUUUAUGGGGGGUAAAAAAAAGGCAAAUUAAACAAUCCUAGAAGCACAUUUGUAGGGUAUGAGUAGAGCUAAGCCCAGUGAGAGGUUUUCUGCAGGUGUGUUUUGGGCUGAGUAUCUUAGUAAAGUUAAUCGCCCACCAUUUUGCCUGUGAAAUAAUGCAUUGCAAGGAACUUUUAGUUUGAUUUCCUAAAUCCCUGUAACCACUUGAUAGCUGAAAUUUUCCAUGGGAAGCCAUAACAAAAAACAGUUUUAACCCCUGUCUUCUUUUUUGAUGAUUAGCUUGCUGGUAUUGAUACGCAAUGCGUUAAGUUGCUCUUGACAGUAGUAACAGCCUGCUAACGAAGUAUGUAUUUUUUGGAAGUUGAGAUAUGGAAGAAGGAAACUUUUAAAGUAUGUCACGUAAGCAAUAAGAAAAAUAGGAUGUGUCAUUUUACUAGUAAAUAUAUAUAUAUUUUUUUCUUCAGAGUAUCCUUUCAGUAAAAAGUACAAUAUGAUUUAUUGACUGAUAUUUAUGCCCAGAGCAGUAAAACUGAUGUAAUGUGGCACCUGCUAAUUUUAUAUGUAAGUUCAGCUUGUGCUCAACUUUGCCAAACUUUGAAAGGCAGCGUUUUACUUACAUGGUGAGGGGUGAGGUGGAUAUGAAAGGAGAAAACAAUAUUAAAUGAAUUGCUACAAGUGCUUUACCUGGGGGAAAAAAAAAUACUGGGUGCAAGAUAUGCAGAAAUUGCCCAAUAGUUCAGCUCUAGAUAAAAAAUGGCUAAGAAAUACUUUGCAGUAUUUUGUGAUACUACUAACUUGUUUAUAUGCUGUAUUCAAGUAAUAGAUACAAAGCCCUGGAAACUGAUUGAACUUCAUGUUUCAGACUUUGAGUCAAAUCAUAUUAUCUUAGCUCUGUAGCCAGAAAUAUUCUUUGAAAUAUAUAUUUAGCUAAUGUAAUCUAUUUUACCUCAAUACUGCCAGUAUCAUCUUCAAAACCUUUUUGCCAAAAUAAUGAUUUAUUUUUGCCUUUAUAAAAAGUUUUGAGAGCAUAAAUGAAUAUUUUGCAAGAAAAAAAAAUUAAUUUAAAUGUAACAGUUUGGAAAAUGGUAUAUGUACAGAUUAAAAUAUUAACAUAACUGCC